AUGCCCUCCAGAACGUCUCCAGCGGGUUUUCGGCCGCUCGAUGACACAUUAUUAUUCCAACCGCUCAAAUUGGGUGCCUUGAGCCUGGAACACCGGGUCAUGAUGGCUCCUCUGACUCGGAUGAGAGGAACCAAAGAAUCCGAUGGCGUGUGGGUUCCCGGGGAUCUCAAUGUGGAAUAUUACUCCCAGAGGGCGAGCAAAGGAGGAUUUCAAUUGACGGAGGCUUGCCCAAUCAGCCGUUUGUCUUGUGGCUACCCUGGAGUUCCGGGAGUUUUCACACCCAAUCAAAUAGCUGGAUGGAAGCGAGUGACUGAUGCCAUCCAUGGCAAGGGUGGCUUCAUUUUCUGUCAACUGUGGCAUGUUGGUCGUGCGACAGUCCCUUCACUGCUGGAUGGGCAUCCAUGUGUGAGCUCGAGCAAUAUACCAAUCAAGGGGAAGGCUCUGGAUGGGAGUGACUUUGCAGCAACCCCUCCCAAAGAAUUGACUGUCGAGGAAAUUCAAGAACUGGUGCAGGAAUUUGGAGAGGCCGCGAAGAGGGCAAUGGAAGCCGGCUUUGAUGGAGUCGAAAUUCAUAGUGCGAAUGGUUACCUUCUGGACCAGUUUUUGCACGACAACGUCAAUAUUAGAACAGACUCUUACGGCGGCUCCAUCGAAAAUCGAUGCCGUUUCCCCCUGGAGGUCAUCAAAUCCGUUACAUCUGCAAUCGGAGCAGACAGGGUGGGCAUCAGAUUGUCUCCCUACAACUAUUUCCAAGACACCCGAGAUUCCAAUCCGAACGUGCACUGGGCAUAUCUCUGCGAGCGACUCGUUGAGCUUCCGGAAGUCCAUCGUCCUGCAUAUGUCCACAUGGUCGAACCGAGAUUUGACGAAGUGUUGGAUGAGGAGGCCAAAUUGGCAGCGCUCGCUGAUACAUCGUCCGGUGCCAGAGCGAAAGAGGGUAAACCUUCAUUGGUACCUUUUAGAAAGAUCUUGCAAAAGGGAGGCAUCAAAUUUAUCGCGGCCGGAAACUUCAACUCCGAAAACGCAGCUCCCAAGGUUGAAUCAGAUGAAGCAGAUGCCAUCAUUUUUGGGCGAUGGUUCAUCGCGAACCCUGAUCUCCCCGCGAGACUGGCAGAAGGCCUUCCGUUGAACCAUUACGACCGCAGCACUUUCUACGGUGCCGAUCCACCCAGCAAGGGAUAUGUAGACUAUCCAUUCUUUGAACCGGUGAGUGUGGGAGUAUGA